AUGGACGAAAAUUUAUCAUGGCUUGAUGAAUUACAAUUCAACUCUUCGAACAAUCAACAAACUUACAUUACAAAACAAGAUUUUUUAUUAUUGCAUAAAAAAAUUAUUGCCACAGAUCUGAUAGUUAAUCGAUAUGUAGAAGCAAAAAAAGCAUUACAAUCUUUACAAAACGAAAAUGAUGAAUUAAAACAACGACUUGACCGUAUUACAAAUGAAUGUUGUUUAUUUGGAAAACAAAUUGCAGAAUGUACAGAUGAAUGUGAUGCAUUAAAAAGGGAUAACGAUUUACUAAAUGAGGAGAAAAAUAAUUUACAAAAAGAACUUCGAAUUAUUAAAGAUCAAAAUACGGCUUAUUAUCAUGAGCUAAUGGUUAUGGGUCAAUAUCAUUCAUUAAAAGAGACAAAUGAACAAUUAACAAAAGAGUUAGAACGUUGUAAAAAGGAAAAAUCAAAACUUAAUUGUAAACUUCAACAACGAUCGUCUGAUUAUAUAAAACCAAAAAAUGAACCACAAUCAUAUCCGUUUGGUGAAAUAUCUGAAAUCCAAAUUGCCUUGAAUACAUCGAUGAAAUCAAUACGUGAACUAAAACUUGCACUUGGACGAAUAGUGAAUUUCUUACAAGCAGAAAAUAUUGUAAUACCUACUUCACUCCAUAUUCGUCCUAUAUUAAAAGCGCACACGAUUGAUGAUAAUUUUAUGGAAAUGGAAGGAGAAUUUACGUUAAAACCAACAGUGACAACAAUAGAGGUACCACCAGUUGUUACUUCAAUCAGUCAUGAGGAUGUUGACGAUGAUGAAGAAAAUAAUGAUUUUAUUGAUGUUAAAUCGGCUAUAUUGACACAACCUUCACAAACACAGAUAGAACAGCAACAGCCAUUACCAGAAUCUAAAUCAAAAUCACGUAAACGUGCGCAGAAACAACAACAAGAACCAAAAAGGCAAAGUAAACGUUCAACAAAAGGCAAAAGACGUACAAAAGAUGAAACGGACAAUUUAAUUAAUGAACUAAAAAAUGCUUUAUCACAAUACAAAGAAUCAGAAAGCGAAGAAACAGCAACACCAACACCAACAAUAUCUAAUCAAAAUGUAUCAUCAUCAAUGAAUGAUUUUUUUAGUGAUUUUGGUACUUCUAAAGUCAAUGACGAUCAACAACCAGUGGCGUCUCUACAAUCAUCACCAAUUAAUAAAAAUGAUCUACAUAGACGUUUCUCAAAAAUAUUGUCUGAUUACGAGACCGAAGACGAAGAACUUAAUACAUCUGUUGAGCAGAGACAAUCAAAAACAGUAGCUAAAACGUUGAAUAAAAGUAGAGAGAAAAAAGAUGAGAUUAGAAAAACAGCGCCAUAUACGAUUAUUCAACAUACAUCAUCAAACAUUAUUGAUGAACCAGUACUGAGUCCUAGAGAAUUUUCAAACACUACUGAUCAUGAAAUACCGAAUUAUGAACACACUCAGGGACAAAGUAUUUUGUCAGAUGAUGAUGAAAUUCAACUUGAUUCUACUGAUCUCAAUAUUUCUACAAAAGUGUAUGACACUCAAAAAGAUAUGUUAACAUAUGUUGAAACAACGCUUGGUCCGAUACCAACAUUAGAAGAAGCUGUUAACAGUGACGUUAUGAUUGAAAACAAAGAGAUUGAGUCGAUCAGUAUUAAACGAACCAUCAGCGAAGAAUCGCAAACACAAAAUGAUACAUUAUCAGAUCAAGAUGAAUCCUUCUUUGCAUUGGAAGUGAAAAAUGACGAUAAAAAAGAAGAGACAGAGAAAAUGACAAUUAGUCCUAUUGAAGAAAUUGAAAUGAUAAGUUCUGUACAAGACGAACAAAACGACACAUCAGUAAUACGUGAUAUAUUCAUAAGUAUCGUUGAACGCACUGAAGAAAAAGAAAGAUAUGAAAUGAAAUGUUUACUUGUGGAACGUAUUCUUAAUUUUACACAAAAUAUUCAAAUAACAGAAUUAUUACGUCCUAUUGUUCCGAAAAAAAAUAUCAAAAAGACCAAAUCUAAAUCAAUUACUGUAAAUAAAACUUAUUCUCAAACAAUUCCUGUUGUAGAACCUCGUGAGAUAGAGAUCGUUGAUACUUCUGUUGUCUCACACGAUGAAUCAAUGGUUAUUCAGCAUGUCCAUGAGUCCGACUUGAUUCAACAACAGAUUAAUGAUAAUACUUUAAUUAGUGAUAGUGACGAUGAGAUCGCUUGUGAAUCUCCAGAAUUCGACGCUGUACAUGUCAGUGGUGAUAAGUGUACAUUAAUACAUGAAGAUAACAAACAGUUAACAGACCGUAAUCUGUUGAUUCAAAGUGAAGAAACUGAAACGAAGUCUGCAGAAUCACCAGAUAUUAUUCUUCCACCACAACAAAAUCGUGUAAUCAUUUUGAAACGUUUAAUAGAAUUUUUAACACACAUUCCGUCUCCACAAUUAGUCUCAUUUUCGACACUAACAAAUCCACAUCAACCGAAAUCAACAACAUCAGAUAUUGUUAAAAAGAUUUCUUCUCAUAAGCCACCUGCAACACGUUUACAAAUACAACGACAAGCUUCAACAUUCAUAACAUCGUCGAAGAACUGUUUACAAAAACGUUCACUAAACAGUAUUCGUCAAUGUAUAACACGAUGUAAUGUUCCAUCUUCAAUAGUGAAAACAAAUUCAAUAAAAGUUCAACCUGUCAAACCAAAACAAUCAUUAGAAAAUAAUUCAGCAAAAUUUCAGGAAAGAAAACGUAGAAUAUCAACAGAAAUCAUGUAUGAUGAACAGCAAGUACCGAAACAAAAACGUCAAAAAACAACAAAAACAAUAAGCGAUGUUACUGUUACAUCGCCGAAGAUUCAUUUCACAAGAAAAUCGAUUAAAACCUCUAUACCCACACCAAUUCCUCCAAUAAUUCCCACAAUUGUUGAUCCAUUAUCGUCACCAUCUACUGUAUAUGUUGAUGAAUUAUCCUUGCAUUCUUACUUGAUCGGUAAAAUAGAUUUAACAGAUCAACUAAAAACAUUUAUCAAAACAAUGAAAAAUAAUUAUUGUAAAAACAAUGAUGAAAUAUUUAUAACUAAAAUAUAUAAGAGUAUUCUCGAUUGUUUAUUCGAAGUCCAAUUAUCAAUAGUUAGUAACACUAUGUAUUUAACAAAAUUACAUGAUUGUGAACAACGUAUUAUCUCAUUGUUAAAAUAUUUAACAAUAACGUACUAUUCGUCUUCCAAUCUAUUUGAACAAUAUUUGUUUCAAUUGAUAAAUACCAGCUUCGAGUCGGACAUUCGCUUCAAUACUGCAAUACGAUCAACGGAAUUAAUAAUUUUAUGUCGUUUAAUUUUCAUAUUCUGUCAAUGUUUCAAUUGUUCAAAUGUUCUUUAUCCAAAAUUAUUUGACAUUAUAUAUAUUCAUACGAUUUAUCCGGUGAAUGAUCUAUUUUCAAUCGUAUUUUGUAUUUUGUCAUAUAUUUUUCCAUCUUUAAUCGAUGAACAACAUCAAACAGCAACAUACAACAUAAUGUUGCAUCGUACAUGUUUACAUUUAUUACACAAACAAUAUUUUAUCAAAUCAUGUGAUUCUUUGCGUUUAUUAGGAUCGUUAAAUAUGUGGACAGACGAAAAUAAACAUCAACAACAGACUACCAAUUCUUAUAUCUCUGACUUUCUAUUUGAGUAUUUACUUCGUACCACUGAUAAACAUUCAUUAAUUACAAAACAACAUCAAACAAAUCAUCCAAAUGUAAACGAUUUUCUUCAUAGUCUAAUAUCAAUAUCUCUAUGGGAAGGUUGGAUAUGGUGUAAAAAUGAUCUGUUUCAAAAUAUUUUAUUACCAUUUUUCAAUCAAUCUCAAUUGUUAGAUAUUGAACAUUUAUCUAUCAUCUGUAUUUCGAUUCAACAUAUUUUAAGAGUGUUUAAAGAUAAUCAACAGUUUUUAAGUGAUGAAAAAUUUCAUUAUGAACUAAAUCAUGUAUUAUUGUCAUAUUCUGAAAAGCUAACAACUAGUAACAGUGACAAUGAACAUACUAGACAGUUUUAUGUAAAACAAACGUUGGUAGAAUUAAAUUGGUUGUUAAAGAAAUAG